AGAUAAAUCACGUAAAUCCUAGCGUAGCUUAUUUAUUCUUUUUAUGAUUAUCUUUGAGUUGUGAGAUGUUUUCUUUGUUUAAGAAUGGGUUAAUUGUAUGGUUGGUUACUGAGAUUACAAAAAACGUUCAAAUUUGGUCACUCGAAAUAUUUAAAUCUAUUGGUGGUACUUCACUUUACUGAACCGUUCACGUUUGGUCACUCUCCGUCCAACUCCAUUAACUUUAGCUGAUGUGGCAGUCAACUCUCAAAGUUGCCCGUUAACUUAGUGACGUGGCAAUUAAGAAACAAUAAAUAAAAUAAAUUUAAUCUAUUUGAAUGUCCAACUCAUUUUCACUAUAUAAAUAAAUAAAUAAAAUAAUUAUUAUAAUUAUUAAUUACCAAAUUAAAAGAGGCGCCGAACACCACGUCCCUUCCCCGCAAUCACUUCUUCUCCGCUCUUCCUCCUCCAAUUCCCUCUGCCAUAAAAUUGAAGAACAAUGUUUUUUUCCUGCGAUGAAUCAAUUAACAAUGCUUCUAUCCUUUUCCAUUUUCUCUGCUUCAUACAGAGUUGGUAAUUUUGGUUAUUGUCAUAAAUGGCCAAAUGGAUGGGAAUGGUCGAAGAAGAGUAAUGCUCUGUUACUCAAUUUUUGCCGGCACCGUCGACAUCAUCAUAAUCAGCGCUACAGCAUAAGAUUAAUCAAACGGCAGCCGGCAGUUCGAAUGCGGAGACUCCCGAAUUGGCUAUUCUUCCUCUGCUACCCUCCGCGAAACACCACCUUGGAUCCGAGUUUCUUCGAUUUUGCGCCGGACACUCAAUUUGCUCUGCUCUACUACUAUUGCCCGCCGCCGCAAGCCGAUGUUCGACUCCCGCCGAGCAUCGGCCAGUUCAAUUACAGCAGCGGUCCAGGGGGUUACUUUCUGCCGAGCGAGUACCUGCUUGGGGAAUUCGAAGAUUUCGUCAGAAGUUGGUCGAGAUCGUGCGUGAUUAUAGUUAGGAUGUCGACGGAUCGGACGGAACUGGGGAUGCCGGCGAAUCAGACGGAGCAGGGGAUCCGGCGGCGCCAGAGGAGUGGGGAUUACGAGGACGCUUGCCGCAAUUGUAAGGGAUCCGGUGGGAAGUGCGGUUUCGACGAGAUGGCGACGCGUUCGUUCGUUUGCUAUUGCUCCGAUCAAGCUUACGCCUCCGACUGUUUGUCGCUUGCCAGUGCUUCGCCGCCGGAGAAAGCGCUCGAUGAAUUGACUUACCGCGGAGGAGGAUUUGAUUCGACAGGGUAAAAACAUUGUUCUUCAAUUUUAUGGCGGAGGGAAUUUGAGGAGGAAGAGCGGAGAAGUAGUGAUUGUGUGGAAGGGGUGUGGCGACUUUUUUUUUUUUUUUUUAGGAAGUGUGGCGACUCUUUUAAUUUGGUAAUUAAUAAUUAUAAUAUUUUUCUAUUAUAUUUACUUAUUGUAUGAUAAAAAUGAGUUGGACAUUAAAAUAGAUUAAAAUUU